UGGAGACAGAAGAACAACCUUGUGCUCCUGGGCUUGAAUUGUCCCUUUAGUAUCUCCAGCUCUCACCUGGGAGUAUUUUGUAGCAAAGAUACACAUAUUCUUGCAAAGAUUUCCCACCUCCUUGGAGAACACAAGCUCCGGACGGCUUCAGUCACCUUGAGUCUGUGACCCCCUGGAAGCAUGGACCAGUCGGAUCUGCUGGGGUUCCUUGUUAUCACCCUAAAUUGCAACGUGACCAUGGUGGGGAAGAUCUGGCUUAUCUUCAUGGUGCUGCUGAGGAUGGUGGUGCUCAUCCUAGCCGGGUCACCCGUCUACCAGGACGAGCAGGAGAGGUUCGUCUGCAAUACUCUGCAGCCGGGAUGCGCCAACGUCUGCUAUGACAUCUUCGCCCCCGUGUCCCACCUGCGAUUCUGGCUGAUCCAGAGCGUGUCUGUCCUCCUUCCGUCCGCGGUCUUCGGCGUUUACGUGCUGCACAAAGGAGCUGAGCUGGCCGCACGCAGAUCCCGUGGGCCGGAGGAUGCCUCGGAGGACCACGACGCCCCAGGGCUGACCCCCAGGGCCAGGCGCUGCCUGACGGUGCCAGACUUCUCCUCGGGCUACGUGGUCCACCUCUGCCUCCGGACCUUGACCGAGGCAGCUUUCGGUGCCCUGCAUUACCUCCUCUUCGGAUUCUUGGUCCCCAAGAGGUUCUCUUGCACGCACCCUCCUUGCACCAGCGUGGUGGACUGUUACGUCUCCCGACCCACGGAGAAGUCCAUCCUGAUGCUUUUCGUCUGGGCGAUGUGCGCGCUGUCCUUUCUGCUUACUGUCGCCGACCUGGUCUGCAGCGUGUGCUGGAAGACACGAGGGCGACCCGGUGGGGCCCGGAGGAGACCGUUUCCAGGGGCAAAGGUUGCGGCGCCUGAGGGACGCGGGGCGCGGGAGGGGCUGGGGGUGCACGAGGGACGCGGUGAGGGCGCUCGCACGGGACUGGGGACCCGAGGGCCGGGCGCGCACAGCCCCGCUGCGGAGCCCGCCGCGCCCGGGAGCCUGGAGCUGCUGGGGGAGGACGAGAGCGACGCGUUGUCCUCAGCCAGCGACCAGCCGCGCUUGGCCCGGCCCGGAGCGGCGGCCCCGGGGUGGGAAGAGCGCCCCUGCGCGCCGCGUGCCCCGCUUUCCGGCCCCGGCAAGUCCGAGUGGGUGUGAGUCCCGGCAUCCCACCCCAGGAACCCGAACGCGGCGACCAUCCGCACCGCAGAAAGGCAAGCCGGCGGGACAGACGGACUUCGCAGGAGGCUCUGAUGCAGGUCACCAAAGAUUUAAUUUAGAUAAAGCCUUUCGGGGGAGGG